GCUGAUGCUCUGAUAACAAGGACCUUUAUAAGUCAGACGAGAGAAGACGUCCCCCUGCAGACCUAGAUCCUCAGAAAGAUAAACAUGCAUCUAAAAGUUGUGAUCUUCGCUCUAUCGUUCUUGGCAACUACAGCAUACCCUCUCCACCGUCGAACCAGGGAGGCACCCGUGACUGAUUUAAAAGACAACCAGUCUCAAGACAAGACAGAAUUUACAAAAGAUGUUGAUAAAAUAUACAAGAGCCACAUAGACAGCAGUGGCCUUUACAACCAUGAUGAUCAGAGCAAAAACCCUGUGGCAAAGGAGAUGCAGCACAAACUCAACCUUGAGUCGGAGCGUCUGCGUACCCGUCUGCACCAAGAGCUGGCCGAACUGCGAGAGAGGUUGUCUCACUCUUCGGACCACCUCAGCUCCACCCUGGCCAGCAUGAGGGAGCGCUUGGCUCCCCUCAUCCAGCAGCUCCAGAGCUCUCUAAGCAGCAGCACCCAAGACCUGUGUGGCCAUCUGAGCCUCUAUCUGCAGGGUCUGGAGGCAGCUGAGGCUCAGGCAGAGGCCACUCCGGCUUUGUACCAGGAAGCCUUCCACUGGAUGAGCCUAACGCUGGAGCACAGCAGCUCCAAGGUGGCUGACCUCAUCAGUGACUUCCAUACUAAAACCAUUGAGGUGAUCAACCAUCUGAAAGAGACCAGUGCUAAUGAGCAAGAGGCAGCAAAGUCAGACCACUGGCAGGAAAUUAGCUCCAGGAUGGGACAGGAAGUGAGUUCUGUGAGGGUGGAGGCACAGAACAGGGUGGGGGCUCUCAGAGCAGAGCUUGCUGCUCUGCUCGGAACUUCACGGCCCGGUAAGGCGGAAUUGACAGCCAGUAUGGAGCGCUUCUGCCAAAAUGCAGCCCUGCAGAGCCAAAUGUUUCAGGCCCGGAUGGAGAGGCUGUUUAAAGGGCUGGAAGAUGAGUUGGAGGUCAGAGGAGGCACACGACUGUCUCCUUCUUCUUCUUUUUCUUCUUCUUCUUCAUCGUCUGUACAGACAGCUGGACAUUUGCAGGAGGACUUCUCAGUUAAACUUUCUGCUCUGCUUGAAGACAUUCUGCACUCAGUGUAGUGAUAGUCAUAUUUUUUAUAAUAAAAAUGCCAAUAAACUGCUGUUAUUAUCUUAUCAAAAUGUAUAAUGUGAGUAAUUUAAUUUUAGUUCAUUUUUUACAAUAUAUAUUAUGCAAUUUGACAUAUUUUAUUACAGAGUAAGAACUGUUGUUCUGCCACACAGUGGCAAAUGUUCAACUCUUGCCAAGUUGGGCAGAGUAGUUUGAAUUAUACUUGUCUAAGUGUUAGUUGUUAACCAUUAUUUUUGGUUGUUGUUUGCUACUGUACCAGCACAGUAAGAUGCUUGUAAAUAUUUAUGAGUGUUUGGUUUUGAUUGAUGUAUUGGUUUCAUUCUAUAUAUGUCAAUUAGUUUGUAAAUAUGUUUACUGUGCAAUGUAAUGUCAACCACAGAAUGCAACGCCAACAUGAUUUGACUUUUAUUUGUAAUAUUAUCAAAACAGAUAUGACCUAUAUACUGCAGAUUAUAAUGUGCCCCCAGUGUUUUUUUAUAUAUAUACUUUAUAAAAUAUAAGAUUCUGUACAUGCAAAUGUAGAAAAACAUAAAAUAUUAAAAUGACUUUGUUCUGAAAUGA